CAGAGAGAGAAAUAGCCAGCCUCUCAAAUCUCGUCAAAGCUAUACGUUUUGGAUUUCGAGUUGGGGGUUAGAUGGCAUACAAGUGAAACUUAGUGCAGGCAUGGUGGUCCAAGCGUGACAAUACAUAAAGUAACUUCUUGGUCUUCAUCGGUACCAAGUUUGGGAUGGUUACAUAUCAUGCAUUCGGUCGAGUAUUGGCAUGUCGAUACACGCGCGUUGGGUUGAACUUGUGACUUGGAUGCUUGGGAACUGAGAGGAAUUUUCAUGAAGAUGACUUUUGGGCGUGGUGAGCAGUCGCAACCGGGAACUGGAACCUCGGAAUCAGUCCUGCAAGGCUGAUUGCAAGUCGUGGUGUAGGGUCAAGAGAGGCAGAGGAUGGCCGAGAUGUCUGAGCUCGUCCUUUCGCCUCACCUCAAGAGAGCAAGAGAGUCAUGUCUGAUGGACGAGUGCUGCAACCGGCAGCCGUUGUUGUUGCUGCUGUUAGUGACCACGACGACAAUAAUUAUCUGGCAACAACCGGCCUCGAUCUCAAAGAAUUCCAACGACCGAGCUUCAAAUCUCACACCACUAGAGGAGUGA